AUGACAUUGUAUGAAACUCGAUUUCGUGAAAGCGAAACAAAUACAGAGUGUUCCUGUUUUUCGUUCAACACUGAAGAUGUGUACUACACAUAUAAUGGGCGAAUAAUUGACUAUCUUAAAGAUGUUCCAAAAGAUGCACUUUUGCAGAAACAUUACCGUCUUCGUGGUGGUAAAGGUGGAUUCGGGUCAAUGCUGCGAGCCAUUGGAAGCCAAAUUGAGAAGACAACCAAUCACGAAAUGUGCAGAGAUUUAUCAGGCAGGAGAAUGCGUGAUGUAAAUAUGGAAAAGAAGUUAAAAGAAUGGUAUGCUACAGCCGAUAAACGGGAACGUCAGAAAAUGGAAGAAUACCUUGAAAGACGACGUAGACGCCAAGAGAUAUUGCAACAGGGUCCAUUACCUGGACACAAAUUUUCUGAUCGUGAUUAUGAACGACAGAAACGUAAGAUUGCAUAUGAACUGCAAAGCGCCUUGUAUACAGCGAUAGAAAAUGUUUCAAAUGAAAAAAAACAAGUGGCAAGUACAUCCUCAAGUUCCUCGACAGGGCAACCAAAUGUGAAGCGUACUCGGUUGUGGAUAGAAGAAUUAGAUGAUGUGCUGUGUUCCGACUCCAGUGAAGAUGAGAAGUUGGAGAGCGAAGAUUCUUUAUCAUCCGUUGGUGCAUUCAAUUUUGUAAAAGAGAAUGAUAAUCAGCAGAAUACAAACUCUAAUGAAGUAAAUAUAGAUUCUGCAGAAAUUAACAAUGAUGAUAAACAGCAAAGUACCAUUUCGGAUGAGGAGAAAAAGCAAGAGGGAAAACCAUGUACAAACGCCCAACCAGAUGUCGUACAGCCUUUAAUGGACGAACAAUUGCAUGAAACAGAUACUGCAGAAAGUCUGGAGAAGUUUGGCUUAGAUGUUCUUAAGGCAACCUUAAGUGCCCGCGGCUUGAAAUGUGGAGGGACGUUAAAAGAACGAGCUGGUCGACUAUUCUUAGUCAAAGAUUUGAGUCCAGAUCGAUACCCUGUAAAAUUACUAGCAAAAAGCAAAUGA